UUUAAAUUAUUUUAAGUGUUUUGACUUUAAACCAGGCACUCGUAGAUAAUACAUAAUCUUAUCAUCGUAGAUUGAAUAAACAAGAUCUAAUUUUGUGUAUAUAAAGUCGGCGACAAAAACCGUAAAGCAUCAGUUUCGGUAUCACAAGUAGAAGUACCACAACAAUAUUUCGGAGAUGAAAUUCGCAUUGGCACUGUUGGCCCUCGUGGCUACGGUUUCCGCCCUGCCGCCGAUCCGUCCACCGAUCGAGAUUCCCAAUUUCGGCAGAGGUGAGCUCUACAAGGACAUCCAAGACUUUAUAGAUGCUUUACCUCAGAAUGACAUAUUCGAUAUCACUCUUGAAUAUGCUGAUAAAGAUCCCGAGUUUCAAGCUAUGAUCAAAUACUUCAAAUCUGAAGGGUUUAAAGGGCUGGUAAAAGAUGUCGAGGCUUUGCAUGAGAUUAAGGUUUUGAUGGAUUACAUCCAUCACGCCGGCAUUGACAUUUACAAGAUCGUGAACUUGCUGAAUGACGCGCUUGGACUCGAUCAUCUCACUCCGCCUGACUUUGCUAUGAUUACUAAACAGAUCACAGGUGGAAUUCGUGGAUACGUUGAUGACAUUAUGGCUAUCUUACCCAUGGACCGGCUUAAUUCCAUGUAUGAAGAGAAGCUGAAAAACUCCCCAGAAUUCGCUAAGUUCGUCGAGCAAUUGCAGUCCGACAAUUUCCAAGAAAUCGUCAAUCAGGUUUAUGCUAACCCCAAAUUCCAAGAGCUCUUGAACCAUGCCGAUAAAGCCGGCAUUGAUCUUCAAGCCAUCAAGGAGUUGCUGAAGCUUCUCUGGGGUAUUCACAUCCCCCCCCGCCCUCUUACUUUUUACAUCAAAAACUAGACGUCAAUGCAGUGUGUGAAAAAUGAAUUUCUAUUACCAUAUACAUCAAUAAUAUUUUUAAAAAGAUAUUGUCAUUUCGCAGAUUUAUGAAUUUUUUGGCCAUGUGAUUUCAUGUACUUUACUUGUGUAAAAUAAUAUAAAAGCAGCUUUUUACAUUGUUACAUUUUUUUCUUUUAAUGGAAAUAUUUCCCUUCAAAACUUUUCUUAGUUUACUCUGUCGAAAAUUGCUUCGGACAUGAUCCAAAUUACUCGACCAUUCAUAUCGCGCGAUGCAUUUCUUUUUGCAUUGCUUCGGAUCGUUCCCACCCGGUCAGGCCAGGUCGAGAUAAGCGAGAUUAUGCUGGCUCGACCGGCCGACCUGCCAAACUCGUUUUCGCGCGCUCACGACGGCUUAACUCCGUGAAUGGAAGUGAGAUUGGGACGAGUCUUCUCCCUACUCUUGCGUAAUUAUCCCGUCUUUUGCGCCUACCGAACAUAACAUCGGCAAAAGGAAGAAAUUUAUUUUAUUCUAAAAUAAGGACCACCUAAGAACAAUAAGUAGAAUGGGACUUACAGAGAUAAUAAAUUGCCAAAUAAAUUGUAU